AGUCUUGCACAGGUGUACCGGCUCCUCCCCUUCAGUCUUGCACAGGUGUACCGGCUCCUCCCCUUCAGUCUUGCACAGGUGUACAGGCUCCUCCCCUUCAGUCUUGCACAGGUGUACAGGCUCCUCCCCUUCAGUCUUGCACAGGUGUACAGGCUCCUCCCCUUCAGUCUUGCACAGGUGUACAGGCUCCUCCCCUUCAGUCUUGCACAGGUGUACCAGGCUCCUCCCCUUCAGUCUUGCACAGGUGUACCGGCUCCUCCCUUCAGUCUUGCACAGGUGUACAGGCUCCUCCCCUUCAGUCUUGCACAGGUGUACAGGCUCCUCCCCUUCAGUCUUGCACAGGUGUACAGGCUCCUCCCCUUCAGUCUUGCACAGGUGUACAGGCUCCUCCCCUUCAGUCUUGCACAGGUGUACCGGCUCCUCCCCUUCAGUCUUGCACAGGUGUACGGCUCCUCCCCUUCAGUCUUGCACAGGUGUACAGGCUCCUCCCCUUCAGUCUUGCACAGGUGUACAGGCUCCUCCCCUCUUCAGUCUUGCACAGGUGUACCGGCUCCUCCCCUUCGGUCAUGCACAGGUGUACUGGCUCCUCCCCUUCGGUCAUGCACAAGUGUUCUGGCUCCUCCCCUUCGGUCAUGCACAGGGUGUACUGGCUCCUCCCCUUCGGUCAUGCACAGGGUGUACUGGCUCCUCCCCUUCGGUCAUGCACAGGUGUACUGGCUCCUCCCCUUCGGUCAUGCACAGGUGUACUGGCUCCUCCCCUUCGGUCAU